AUGGCCGCCGAUAUGGAUAUAGAGAUGGACAUUGAUAUGGGUCUUGCAGAGGGGGAUUUUGCCAUUACGGAGAUUGACAUCGUCCCUGGUACCCAAACAUCAUCAUACCAGCAAGAGUCAAAGCCAAUCCUGACUGCUCCGAAUGAUAGCAGCGACUCGAAUGCCCACGAAUUCACCCCAGAGAAGGUACACCUUCGCGGCCUCGACAACUUGACCACCAAAGACAUUAAAGCAUUUGCUGCAGAACACUUUGAUGAACACAGCCCUCUGCGUGUUGAAUGGAUCAACGAUACUUCAGCGAAUCUGGUUUUCGAGUCUGUCGAUAUUGCAGCAGAUGCUCUGAGGGCUUUAGCUGCCGUGGAUAUUGGAGACGUAUCGCAGAUCCCGGUUAUGCAAGCUUUCCCAACUAAACCCUUCUCCUUACACCCGAAUACCAAUUUGGAGGUCCGAGCUGCCGUGGUUGGGGAUCGCAAGCAGGCUGGCGCACGUGAGAGUAGCCGGUUCUAUCUCAUGAACCCUAAGUAUGAUCCUACGGAGCGACGCAAGCGUGGAGGUCAGAGAGGUGGCAACAGGUACAGAGAUCGAGACGACGGCGGAUAUCGAAGUCGGCGUUAUGACGACCGCGAGCAGCAGAAUCGCCAGGAUGGAGAUAGACUUUCAGGUUUUGACUCAAGCUUAUACGAUGAUGAUGAAGCUGCCCUAGCUCAAAGAGCGGCAAGAGGCGGCGAAAGGCAGGAUUCUUCAUCCGGCGGAGAGUUUAGAGGUCCGGCUUCAGAAAGAUCACGCUAUCGAGGAGCAGCUGGCAAAGAGCUAUUCCCUGAACGAAAUGGAGAUAGGGCGAGCGGCAGAUUGAGAGACCGCAGUGCCUCCCCUAUGAACGAGGAUCGCGCCGAGACACCAAGACGGAGAAGGCGGGACUCCGCAGCUUCUGCCAACAGACUAAAGGCACAGAUGCUAAAAAACCAGUUGAGAGAGGCUAGCGUAUCGAAAGAACUGUUCCCACAGAAAGUUGGCAUCAACCAUCGCCGUUCUGAUGCAUUCGAUGCUGCGGACGAAACGGCCGACUUAUUCUCCGGCAAGAUGGCAGUGCCUUUCACUGAUGGGAGCGGAGACAACCGUCACGAGAAAGUUGAUUUGCUAGCUCCUAGGAUAUCCAGAAAGAAUUGGGACAACGACACCGGCUUUACCAUUCGAGGCGCUGCAAAAGCCGUCCAGGUUCAGAAGGGCUUCAAUAUCAAAGGGGCUGCAUCCGGCGGCCAGGUUAAGGAGCUAUUCCCUUCGCAUUUCGGGGACAAUUCAGGAAAGGAGCUGUUCUCGGAGAACUUGGAAGGCAGAGGGAGACGGAGACAAAAGGCCGAAGAUUUGUUCUCCUGA